GCCAACAGGGGCCAUUGUCGUCAUUUUCACUUUCAAUUUCCCUGGGGACCGUUAUAAAACAGUGCUUUGAAUCUCGAUACUGAUGUAAGAGGGUAUUUUGGUCAUAAAGGCAGGUGAACGGCUUGUGACUUCCUUGAGCAUUGCUUUUUGUGCUUUGUUUCACGAAUCCCAAGUUCCACUUGGCGCGUGACUUUACGUUACUAGCCCGUCCUCGAGGGUCUACCAUAACAUGGAUAAUCAACACGAAACCGAAGUUCCCGCAAAUGGAAGCGUUUGAAUUCAGAGCCAAAAGUUGACUUCCUUCUUUUAAUAACCCAGUUGCAAUUUAAUAUGACAGAUUGCGUAUCUUAGGAUCAAGAUUUCCUUUGCAUUCCAUUGCAUUUGCAUGCCCUGCCUGUUAGGCCAGCGGUUCAUUGCAAAUAAAUACAUUUUUUUUUUUUUGAAGUUCCCACUCUUCCUUGGAUCUUUGAUUCUCUUUUCUUCAAGUUCUUUAAAAAAAGUUCCAUCACUUUCUCGAUUAUUAGCUUUCGCAUCUACUUUGUCCCGAAAACGAUUUCCAACUAUUCAAGUCUAGUGAAAUAAAGCAUGGCUUGAUCCUAAACUGUGUCUGUGUGGCUCCUGUUCAGUCAUUUUGCUUCUAUUUUUAACCUUUAAUAAGAAGUGAGGAAAACCCAGACUACGAAUUUGUCUUUUUUAGAUGAAACUGCAUUUAUGGGGGCGUAGGGGCUAUGUGUUAAAAGGUUAUGUGCAUUAUGUGACUGAACACAUGAAGUUAAUGUGAUUCUCCCUUACCAAGAAAUGUUUUCUAUUACUACAAAAUUUUGAAGUUUUAGCUUCUUUAUUUCUUUUUUUGAGUUUAACUAAGUAGAAGAGCGGAAUGGAGACUUUCAGGGUUGGUUUCUGUUCAUUGCUUUCUGUGAUUUUCAUGCUUGUUCCAGUUUCAAUAGGGCAGCUUACUCCAACUGAAACCAGGAUUUUUUUCCAAGUUCAAAGGCUUCUUGAAUAUCCGGAAGUUCUUCAAGGAUGGAAAAACUGGACCAACUUCUGUUAUCUCCCUACUUCUCCUUCUCUCAAGAUUGUCUGCACAAACAGUCGAGUAACAGAAUUAACUAUUGUUGGAAACAAGAGCUCUCCAGCUCACACCACAAAGACAACUUCAGGGAAUGUUACAGGUUCUCAACAGGCUUUGUCUGAUACGUUCUCCAUUGAUGCAUUAUUCACAGUCCUGACAAAGCUUUCUGAUUUGAAAGUAUUGUCCCUGGUGUCCUCGGGGUUAUGGGGUCCCUUGCCUGCCAAGAUCAACAGGUUUCGUUCACUCGAAGUUCUUAACAUAAGCUCAAAUUUCAUUUCCGGGAAGAUUCCUAAGCAGAUUGCAUCGUUCAAGAAUCUAACGAGUCUUGUUUUGGCUGACAAUAUGUUCAAUGGGAGCGUUCCAGAUCUUACAGGUUUAACAAGCCUCGAAGAGCUAAAUUUGGGUGGCAAUCACCUUGGACCACGAUUUCCUUCAUUAAGCCAGAAUCUUGUAAGUAUAAUCUUGAGGAAUAAUUCCUUUAGAUCUGAAAUCCCUUUAGGACUGAAGAAAUCCUAUCAGCUUCAGAAGCUGGACAUCUCUUAUAAUAAAUUUAUCGGACCAAUCCCAUCUUUUCUAUUCUCCCUGCCUUCAAUUCAGUAUCUUAAUUUGAAACAAAACCAAUUAACCGGUGCCCUUGCAGUGAAUACAUCUUGUUCUAAGAACCUCGCCUUUGUAGAUAUCUCAAAUAACCUUUUGAUAGGAAAUCUCCCUCCAUGCAUAGGAUCAAAUUCGAGAAAUAGAACAGUCUUUAGUUCAUGGAAUUGUCUGUCUGGUGGGAAUUCAAAUCGCCAGCAUCCGUAUUCAUUUUGCAACAAAGAAGCAUUGGCGGUUAAGCCUCCGGUUAGAAGAAAGGAAAAGGAUUCUGGAAUCAAAAUAGGCCUAAUUCUCGGUAUCAUUGGCGGCGCCGUUGGCAUUGCAGGAACUAUUGCAUUGUUAAUUUUGGUCAUUGUCAGAAGAUCAGAAAAAACUGAAGAUGCAAACUAUGAAAGAUCCACUGCGGACAAAAUGUCUGUUCGUAGCUCUCCAAAACCAGCCAUUGAUUCAAGGCGUGUGCCUCAGACAAUGAGAUCAGCUGCAAUUGGGCUUCCUCGAUAUCGUGUUUUCAGCUUGGAGGAAAUUGAAGAUGCAACAAACAACUUUGACCCAACAAAUUUUAUGGGGAAAGGAUCUCAGGGGCAGCUCUAUAAAGGUUGGCUUGUAGAUGGCUCGGUAGUGGUGGUAAAAUGUCUGAAACUAAAGCAGAAGCAUUUACCUCAAAACCUUAUGCAACACAUGGAAGUUUUGUCCAAGCUAAGGCAUCGGCAUUUGGUCAGCGUUCUGGGACACUGUAUUGUAACUUACCAGGAUCAUCCCAAUACUGCCAGUACUGUAUUCGUUGUCUUUGAACACAUUUCGAACGGAUCAUUGCGGGACUAUCUUACCGAUUGGAGAAAGAAGGAAAUACUGAAGUGGCCACAGAGAAUGGCAAUCACCAUUGGUGCUGCAAGGGGGAUCCAAUUCUUGCACACAGGAAUUGCACCAGGCAUUUACGGGAACGAUUUAAAGAUUGAUAAUAUUUUGUUGGAUGAGACUCUUACAGCCAAAAUUAGUAAUUACAACAUCCCCUUGCCACUAAAGAUGGGUUCAGAAAGCCCCCUUGCCAAUUGUCUUAGCAGUGACGAAAAUGCUGAGAAGGAAGACAUUUAUCAGCUGGGUAUUCUUCUACUUCAAGUUAUUACUGGUAAACUGGCUACAUUCACAAGUGAAUUGGAUGAGCUUAAACUUGAGCUGGAAAAGAGCUUAGCUGAAGGACCAUCAAAGUUAAGAGGUUUAAUAGAUCCGUCAGUACGGGGCACUUUUGCAUAUGAAUCAAUGAGAACCACAGUUGAAUUUGCAAUCAAUUGCCUGUCCAAAGAUUCAACCAAGCGUCCCUCGAUAGAAGACGUUCUUUGGAAUUUGCAAUACUCAAUUCAAGUUCAGGAAGGAUGGACCAGUAGCGGAAACCUUGCCACUCAUAUGUAAUAGUUCAUUACUUUUUCCACCCUCCAACAGCCACAGUUUAUUAUCUACUCAGUAUAUAAUUUUAUAACUGUAGCAAAAAAUAAUUGUUAGUAUUUCUACUUGUAUUUACAUGAGAUUUAAAAGCUCCCACAUGGGAGUUCAUUUUAAUUUUACCGGUAGAUGGGUUAUCUUUUUCAU